UAUAAUAAAAGAUGAAGAAAACUCCUAUCAAAUUGACAAUCGUAUUGUGAUUACUCUUAUUUACUCAUUUUUCUCAGGGAAAAUGGGAAUAUUUUACAAAAGCAAAGGAAAAGAUAAAAAGCGCAUGAAAUUUUGUUAAAAAUGCUACUGCCAAUGCUUCCAACAAAAUUGCUGAAACUAUCACGAAAACAAAAGAUAACAUUCUAAACUCAGAAACUGUAGAAUAUUUUACUGGAAUCAAUAACAACGAAGCAGAUCUUGAAGUUUAUGAUUACAAGGAAUUUAUCGAAAAUUAUCAACUAAGCCUUAAUACUACCAGCUCGUCUAAAGCUAAUAACUGAGCUCCUGAUGUUUCGAUUUGCACAGACAAUGAAUACGAUCAAAAGCAUGAAUGCCAAGAUCCCCCUCUAAUUUGAGAAGUGUCAGAAUUGUCAGCAUCAAUAAUAGAAGGUGAUUUCUCUAAUUCAACAAGAAAAGUAGUCAAAUUUUUAAACUUAACUCCAAACUCUAUUCAAGAAGUAGAAUAUGAUAAUGACGAACCAGAAGUAGUGAUCUGUAUAUCUGGGUUCACUAGUCAAAAGGAUGACUACACCAAAACUUGGGAGGGAGUAAUCAAAAAUAAAGAUCCUCAUAAGGAAGUUUUUGCCUUUAAAUGGCCUUCAAAUGAUGUAUGGGGUUACUUUAAAGAAUUGUUUGGCAAUGCUCGUGCUCAUAGGAAAAUCUUUAGUUUUGCUACAAAAUCAGGGAAGCUUCUGGCGCAUGCUUUGAUAAUGGGCUAUCCUAAACGUUUCUCGAAGGUUACUUUCGUCUCAUUCAGUCUUGGCUGCGAAGUUGUGAGGUCAUGCCUUGAGGAACUUCAUAGACUCAAUGCUACUAAAAAUUUUAUAGAAGAAGUAUAUUUAAUGGCAGGAGCGACAGAAAUAGCUCCUAAAGAUUAUGAAAUAUUUAGCAUCAUCAAUAAAAAGCUUGUCCAUAUUUAUACUCCUUUAGAUUGGAUCCUUAAGUGGAACAAAUUUGUAGAAAGUGCAGAUCCAAUAGGAAGAAAAACUCUAAAUAAGAAACUAAAAAGAAACAUUGAAAGCUUGGGAAUUGAAGUAGAGCAGUACGAUAUCUCUGAAAUUGCGGAUGGGCAUGGCAAAUUCAGAGGAAAGUUGGAUUUGAUCAUGAGAGAAUCUGAAUUUCAUUAA